AUGAUCAAGAUGCUGGACAUUUAUUGAUUAGAACAUAUUUAGCUUGCUUAUCCGACGAAGCAUGUCAAAUGCUGGAAGAUGAAGGUCAUGUUUUAGAUAAAUCUAAACCCUUAUUUGAUUAUCCAUCUUAUUUUAAAGAAUUACAAAUUGGAAGUUUACAAAGCGCACUUGAACAAUGGUGGGCGAAAAAUACUGAUUACAGACUUCGAAAGAAAGCAAAUUUCACUACAUUAGAAGGGUUAAUCUUUGAAAUGUUAAUUAACGAAUCUAAUGGUUUAAGACUUUUAGAUUGUGGAACACGAAGUAGAUAUAAUAUGACUGACUGCACAUUAUUCACAGGAAUUCAAAAAGCUGUUGCAAGAAUUUAUGAAUUAAGAAUAAACUGUUCAAAUGUGGAUCAAGGUCAAUUAACGAAUCUUUUAUCAAUUAUAAUCGAAAAUUCACAAAACAUUCAUCGAUUAGUAAUAACUCCUCAUCAUGAUGGUUCGAUUGCUCAAAAAAUUCCAAAACUUAUAGAAGCUCAACAAUCUUUAAACCAAUUUAGUAUGGUUUCUUCAUUGGCCGGCCUAUUUAAUCCUUCAAGAUCUGCUUCGGUAUUCUCUGCUCUUACUAGUCAAAUUAAAUCAUUGACACAUGCUGAUUUGAGAAAGAUUUAUAUUGAUGGAAAUUCAUUACAGAUAUUAGCAAAAUGUCAUAAUUUAACAUCUUUAUAUUUGGUAAAUUGUUAUCAAGAAGAAGAUAUUACACUUUCGGAUUCUUUAUUUAAAACCGCUCAACUUAGUAUAAAAAAAUUAGUUUUGAAUCAUGAUCAUCAUAAUAGUGUUAAAGAUGGUUUAUCACACAACACAUGCACUUCAAUAAUUAUGAUGUCUGCUCAAACUUUACAAGAAUUAUCAAUUGAUUUUAUAGAUCAAGAUUUGGUUGAGAUCCUUAGUACUCAAAUUCCACAUUUAGUAUCAUUCGCUAUUCGCACAACUCCUAUACCAUUACUUAAAUGGAUUUCUACCUCAACUUUAACACAUUUGGCGCUUAGCGAUGUAGGACCAAACACUUGUAUGUUCACCAUAGCACCCCUUAAACAAGUUGGACAAUUAUUACCGCCAACAUUAACACAUUUACAAUUGGAAUGCCGAUACAAUAUUGCACCAGAAAGUAUGGGUGGAUUAUUGGAUGAAUGUCAAGCACCAUUGAAAGUGUUAAGUUUAGAUGUAGAAAAGUUUGAUGAUACUCUUUUAGAAGUUGUUGCAGAUUAUUCUCGAGAGAAUGGAAAAUGUGUCAGGGAAUUGAGGAUUGCAAAAGAUACGAGAUUGCAUUUUGAUUAUGGAUUGUGUAAGAAGUUGCAAUCAGUUAUUCCGUCAAUCAAUCAAGAUUAUUUAGACCCUUGGCCUUUACUUAUCGGUGAGUAA